AUGUUACACCUUGCUCUAGAGGCAUUUCUGUUAUGGAUGACUUCAAUGUUAUAUCGGUGUAUUGUUUUGAUCGUUAGCGAAGUAAAAACCAAAACCGUAUUACUAAUGUGCUUGGCAGUGUAUGUCAUUCCUGCUUCAAUGAUGGUAAGCUUCUUUGUUUGCCUUUGA